AUGCGAAAAUUACGGUGGAAUAAGCCUGCUUUCAAUCGUGGGCAACGACUUCAGACAAGACACGAACAAUUGGCGCGGGAAGAACAAGCUGGCUUUCGUCCGUGCAGAGGCUGCUGCGAUCAAGUAUUCACACUACGACAAUUGCUUGAAGAACAUAUUCGUUGUGGCAAGAGACUAGUUGCUGUAUUCAUCGAUUUCGCCACUGCAUUUGACAGUGUUCACCGACCGGCACUAUGGAGAUCACUUGUUGCUGAGGGUGUUCGUCAAGGCUGUGUCGCCUCACCACUGCUCUUCAAUAUAGUUGUUGACGCAGUCAUGAGAAAAGUCUUUAAAAAUCGACAUGGUGUACAAUUUGGUGAUAACGAAUUCAUUACAGAUCUAAUGUUCGCUGAUGACAGCGUAGUCUUCGCAGAAUCAGAAUCAGAAGCUUCUGAAGUCAUUCAAAACGUCAAAGAUGCUGCGUAUCCAUACGGCUUGAUCGUCAAACUCGACAAUUUACAACUUGAACAAGUCCAGCAAUACAAGUACCUGGGUUCAAUAGUCGAAGCGCAAAGAAUCGCUGCAACAGCAGACAUCACCAAGCGAAUCGGACAAGCUACAGCAGUGUUUGGAACAUUGACUUGGUGCUUUUGGUGCAAAAUGCGGAUCUAUAAAUCACUCGUUCUCUCAGUGUUGCUGUAUGGUGCGGAAUCAUGGACAUUACUACAGAGCGACCUAAAGAAACUCGAAGUCUUUCAAAUGCGCUGUCUACGUCGUAUCUUGAGUAUCUCAAUUCGAGAUAAAGUAAGAAAUGAAACCAUCAGGAAGUGGUAUUGCGAUCAACCUAGUAUAUCCGAUGAAAUUCAAAAGCGACGAAUGCGUUGGUUUGGCCAUAUCAGAGAUGACCUCGAAAAACACAGGCUUAGUCCAGUGGAACCAAAAGAACAAGCACUGGACAAACAACAAUGGAAGGUCAUUACACACAAAGUCAUCAAUGGCAUAGUAGCACCUACAGCAGCGUACUGGUUGCGCGGGCGACCUCCACCAGUCGUGCGCUAA